AUGGCCCCAAUUGCAUUCUCCGACAUCCAGAAGCCUUCCAACGACUUGUUGAACAAGGACUUUUUCCACUUGGCUUCCGCCAGUGUCGACGUCAAGUCCACUGCUCCAAACGGUGUGGCUUUCACCGUGAAGGGUAAGACCACCAAGGACAAUGCCAUUGCUGCUAGCGUCGACGCCAAGUACGUUGACAAGGCCACCGGCUUGACUUUGACCCAGGGCUGGAACAACGCUAACACCUUGAACACCAAGAUUGAGUUGUCUGAGUUGUUGACCCCAGGUUUGAAGGGUGAGUUGGACACCUCGGUUGUGCCAAACGGCUCCAAGAACGCCAAGUUGAACUUCUUCUACCAGCAGUCUGCUGUCAACGCCCGUUUGUUCUUCGACUUGCUCAAGGGUCCAGUUGCUACUGCUGACUUGACUGUUGCUCACGAUGGUUUCACCGCUGGUGCCGAGUUGGGUUACGACAUUGCCUCUGCUAAGCUCAACAAGUACUCUGUUGGUGUUGGUUACGCUAACCCAUUGUACACCGUUGGUGUCACUUCCACCUCUAACUUGUCUGUCUUCACUGCUGCUUACUACCACAAGGUUUCUCCAUUGGUUGAGGCUGGUGCCAAGGCCACUUGGGACUCUGUCAAGUCCUCUGCUGUCAACGUCGAGUUUGCCACCAAGUACAGAUUGGACUCCACCGCUUUCGUCAAGGCUAAGAUCGCCGACUCUGGUUUGACUGCUUUGGCUUACUCCCAGCAGUUGAGACCUGGUGUCACUUUGGGCUUGGGUGCCUCCUUCGAUGCCUUGAAGUUGGCUGAGCCAGUCCACAAGUUGGGUGUCUCCUUGUCCUUCUCUGCU